AAAUAUGUAGAUACUUCUCGUCGAAUGCUCGAAAUAAUGGCGGUGGAUCUGAACCAAUCAGAAUCGUCUGUCCAUCUCGGAAUGAAUAACCUCGCGUGAUUUUAUUAUCCUAGACUGUCCUAGACGCGAGAAAAUGGCGGAUCCAUUGACCAAGUACGGUAUUUACAUCGAUGAUUUUAGCAAGAUACUCAUUUUAGAGCCAGAAGCGGCCAAUCAAUCCAACAAACUAAAGGAGGAGUCUCAAAAUUUCGUAUCCAAGAUUACCGAAUUUGAGAAAAAUUCCGAUGACUUCAUCAAAAUAUUAGACGAUUUGGGGAAGGAAGUAGAGAAAGAGAAAAUGAAAACAAUCGGUGCACGAAAUGUCUUGCGUUCCAUUGCGAAACACAGAGAAGCCCAGAAACAGCAGAUGCAGGCUUUAAUUUUGGAAAAAUCCAUGGAAUUGGAACGACUACGAGUACAAUACGAUUCUUUAAAAAAGAUAGAAAUGGAACAACUAGAAACCAUCGAACAUUUGUCAGUGAAUUAAUAUCGUUGCAUUAAUGUAUUAAACUUUUAAUUCAUUUUUAAUAAAUUUACAUUUUUUUUAUU